GUAGGUAGGUAGGUAGGUUGGUUGGUUGGUUCUCAGGCACACACACUGCAUAGUGUGGAGGUUCCUCCCCACCAGUCAGGAAAUGCACAUUUCCGUAUAGGCGCAGAGGGUGUCUGUCUCAGGGUGACUCACCACCGUUGAGUUUCCUCAGGACUGUGUGUACAAUCGAGAGGGAAGAUUUCAACCAUGGAGGAUCUGAGUAGAGUGAAUACCCAUUUCACUCUAGAUGUGUUCAGGAAGCUGAGUGAAACAAAUCAAGUUGGCAAUAUCUUCUUUUCCCCAUUGAGCAUCUCAACUGCUUUGGCCAUGGUUUAUCAUGGAGCAAAAAAUAACACUGCGUCUCAGAUGGCAAAGGUCCUCCACUUUGACCAAGUAGCUGAUCUCCACUCCGGAUUCCAGACACUGCAAUCUGACAUCAACAAAGCUGGUGCUCUAUAUGUACUGAAAACCGCCAACCGACUGUACGGAGAGAAAACCUUUAACUUCUUUGAAGAGUUCAUUCAAACCUGUGUUAAAUUGUAUGGAGCAAACCUGCUUCCAGUUAAUUUUCUUAGUGCUGCAGAUGAGGCAAGGCAAGAGAUCAAUAAAUGGGUGGAGGACCAGACUGAAGGUAAGAUCCAAGACCUGCUGGCUCAUGGCUCAGUGGAUCAUCUCACGAAACUGGUCCUGGUGAAUGCCAUCUACUUCAAAGGAAGUUGGGCUGAGAAAUUUGAUGAAAAACUAACGGAGGAGAUGCCAUUCAAACUUAAUAAGAAUGAAAGCAGGACAGUGAAAAUGAUGUACCUGAUGAAAAAAUUCCGCUUCAAUUACAUUCCCGAAGUUAAGUGCAAAGUUCUUGAGCUUCCGUAUGUUGGGAAAGAGCUAAGUAUGAUCAUCAUGUUACCCGAUGACAAUGAAGAUGGCUCCCCUGGACUAAAACAGCUGGAGACAAUGCUGACAUUGGAAAACCUGCAGGAGUGGACAAAGCUAAACUGCAUGCCUGUAGAAGUUCACGUUCGUCUGCCGAAGUUUAAGCUGGAAGAUAAUUAUGAACUGAAGCCCAUUCUUUCUAGUUUAGGCAUGCAGGAUGUUUUUGAUUCCGCAAAAGUAGAUCUCUCUGGAAUGUCGGGAUGUCGUGACUUGUAUAUGUCCAGAGUGGUCCACAAAUCAUUCCUGGAAGUGAAUGAGGAAGGUACGGAGGCAGCAGCUGCUACCGCAGCAAUAGCUUCGUUUUGUAUGUUGACCAGAGAGGAGAUAUUUACUGCUGAUCGGCCCUUCCUAUUUUUCAUCAGGCACACCAAAACCAAUAGUAUUCUCUUUUUUGGUAGAGUCUCUUCUCCCUGAAUGACAGUGUGUAUAAAGUUAUUUCUGCAGCAAGAAGGUCUGAAGCAGAGUUUGCAUUUCUCAGCCAAUCAAUAUGGCUAACAAAUAUGAUCCAAUAAAUAUGAAUAUAGAAAACAUUUGGGUUGUUAAAUUGCUUGCACUAUGAACAAUCUUUUCAUAAAUAAGAUUGUUUUGAAACUUUAUCAAUAAAAAUGAAUGUAAAACUAUUGUUCUGCUCGUUUUUUGAAUGUCAUGAUGGUUAGUUUUAUAAUUCUUAUGUUUCUUUAACAUUGAAUUUAUAACAAAUGGAAUAAAUUGUAAAUAAACUAGCAUUAAAUGACUUAACAGCAAAUCACUCUGUGUAAAGUCUUUAAGGGAUUCCUUAAUGCAAUUGUAUUACUCACUGAAUUCUGAUACACUUCUAGAUACAAAAUGUUGCUUUCAACAUGAUGUUGCAACCAUCAUGUACUACCAUUUUUGGUGUGUUCAACUUAUGCAAAACAUACCUCUCAGAACUUUCUUUUUAUCUUUCCCCUUCACACACCCCCUAGGCUCCCACCCUAGUUCAGGUGCUCUUUCAGCAUUCUGAAUGCGUUUUCGGAUGUCCUCCUGACACGAAAGAUGCUAUAUAAAUGUGUAUUGUAAUGUUUGGUGCUCUUAAUUUUAGAACUGACCCAUGAACUGGUUUGACUUUUUAAAAUUCCCAUGUAACAUCAAAAGAGAGGAACAAUAAAUGUUAAACAUUACUGUA